AUGGAUAUCGAUGUUGGACCCGUCGAUCCGUCUUUCCUCCACGAGCAAGAUCUCCAUGUCUCUUCUUCAAUUUGGGAAGGACAGGAACGAGGGCUGCUUCGUUGCCAAGAGCACACUUCACUACUUCACCAAUGGAAACUCACCGACGAACAAACCAAGCUCGUGGACAAAGCAGGUUUCGGAUUCUUCCGCAAAAUCGGUCCAAUGAGCUUAAACAACUCCCUAAUCUCUUCACUCGUCGAGCGAUGGAGAAGAGAAACCAACACGUUUCAUCUCCCUCUAGGAGAAAUGACGAUAACCUUAGACGAGGUAGCGUUAGUUCUGGGACUCGAAAUCGACGGAGACCCCAUUGUUGGAUCCAAAGUAGGAGACGAGAUUGCGAUGGAUAUGUGUGGUAGACUCUUAGGGAAACUUCCAUCUGCUGCUAACAAAGAAGUGAAUUGCUCUAGAGUUAAGCUGAAUUGGCUCAAAAGAACGUUCUCAGAGUGUCCUGAAGAUGCUUCUUCUGAUGUUAUCAAAUGCCAUACUCGAGCUUAUCUCUUGUAUCUUAUAGGUAGUACCAUCUUCGCUACUACUGAUGGUGAUAAAGUCUCUGUGAAGUAUCUGCCUUUGUUUGAGGAUUUUGAUCAAGCUGGGAGGUAUGCUUGGGGCGCUGCUGCGUUGGCUUGUUUAUACAGAGCGCUUGGGAACGCGUCGCUUAAGUCUCAGAGCAAUAUCUGUGGUUGCUUGACAUUGCUACAGUGUUGGAGUUACUUUCACUUGGAUAUUGGUAGACCGGAGAAAUCUGAAGCGAGCUUCCCGCUUGCUCUGUUGUGGAAAGGUAAAGGCAGUAGAUCGAAGACCGAUCUAUCUGAGUACCGCAGAGAGAUUGAUGAUCUUGAUCCAAGCAAGAUCACUUGGUGCCCUUAUGAAAGAUUUGAGAACAUGAUCCCUCCACAGAUGAAAGCCAAGCUGAGUCUAGGAAGAUCGAAGACGACUCUUGUGUGCUUUGAGAAGAUAGAGCUGCAUUUUCCGGAUAGGUGUUUGAGGCAGUUUGGGAAACGGCAGCCGAUACCUCAGAAAGUGAAACGGCGUGAUAGAAAGAACAGGAGGGUCGAUGACUUGGACACGUCAAUGACUCUAGCGUGUGAUGAAUGGGCUGAGCGUGGAGAGCAUAUCGUGGACAGUCCUGGAGGUGGCAGUGUGGUGGAUGAUGGAGCUUAUACGGAAUGGUAUGCUCGGAUCAGUAUCACCAAAUUAUACAGAGAAGCGUUUCUUGAGUCCCAAGUCAUGAAUAUGAUUGCUUGUAUGAGGGAGUUUGAGGAAGCUGCUUCAGGGAUUUCGUUGGAGAGAUUGUCUCCGGUAGAGAGGGAAGUGAUGGAGAGUGUGAAGGAAACGUUCUCUAAUAGCUUGACGUUUGGAGGAUGGCAAGAGGUGGCUGUUAACAGUGGUUAUGGGAAACGCCGGCGUCGGAAUGAACAAACUCCGACGACAAAUAAUGGUGGUGCUGAUCUUUCAUCUCUAUUGCUUCCAAAGGACACAUGA